AUGGACCUGACCAACUCUGCUGAUUACCUGCUCAAUGACUCUACUUUAAUAAGAAACAGAACUCAGAUCUCAACUUCUGCCUCAACAGUGAUUGUUGUAGUUCUUUUGUUUAUGUCAUUUUUAAUCGGCACGAUCACCAAUGGUCUCUAUCUAUGGGUACUAAAAUUCAAAAUGAAAAAGACUGUCAAUACUCUCUUAUAUUUUCAUCUCAUUCUCUCCUAUUUUAUUUCAAUAUUAUUUUUGCCAUUUUUGGCCAUCUCUCACCUUCAAGACAAUCACUGGAGCUUUGGAAGGGCCACGUGCAAGAUCUUCAACAGCAUUUUGUAUGCAGCAAUGUUCGCCUCUGUCUUCUUCAUCUCGGCCAUCAGUGUUGAUCGUUACCUUCUCACUUUUCACCCAGUGUGGUCACAACUGCAUCGAUCCCCACGCUGGGCUUCCAGCAUCAUCCUGGGAAUCUGGAUCUUUGCUGCUGCCCUUGGCAUGCCCUAUGUGGUUUUCAGGGAGACACAUGAUGACCAUAAAGGAAGGGUGACCUGCCAAAACAACUAUGCUGUGUCUACUAACUGGGAGAGCAAAAAGAUGCAAACAUUAAGGAAAUGGAUUCAUGUAGCCUGUUUCAGCAGCCGCUUCUUGCUGGGCUUCCUUCUGCCUUUCCUCGUCAUCACCUUUUGUUAUGAAAGAGUAGCCAAAAAGAUGAAAGAGAGGGGACUGUUGAAAUCCAGCAAGCCCUUCAAAGUCAUGAUGACAGCGAUUGUCUCCUUCUUUGUGUGUUGGAUGCCCUAUCAUGUAUACCAAGGCUUACUUCUCACUGAAAACAGAUCUCUGUUUUUCCAGUUGACUCUCUUACUCGCAGUGGUAACUACUACCUUCAAUACUGUGUUUUCUCCCACACUCUACCUCUUUAUUGGGGAGAACUUCAGAAAAGUUUUCAAGAAGUCUGUACUUGUUCUUUUUGAGUCAACAUUCAGUGAGGAUUCCUCGUCAGAAAGGACAGAAAACCUAAAUUCAGAAGCCGACAUGUAA